GAAUCGAGUAAGAAUUGGUUAAUGCUGAACGGAACAGUUUUGCACGUCACACGACAUAUAUUCCUAUCUGUCACAGUAAAUUACUCGCCUCGAUCAAAAUGUGAGAACGAAACAUUUUUAGACACAUUUUGUUUUAAUAUACAGGAAAAAAAAUCGCUGCAAACCAUUUCCGCUCUGGUGGAAACGAUGCUCAUUUUACGACAGCCGCGUUGGUUUACGGCACAGAUCUGUCGGAAGUCUGGUAACCAGGGAGACGCCUGGAGGUACUGCGGCCGCCGCGAGAAGAGCGACUCCAUGGAGGUCCGUAAGCCGGUCCUGGAGCUGAAGGACGUCCCUCCUCCUCCUCCUCCUCCUCCUCCUCCUCCUCUCCACAGCACCGGCUCUCAGCCAGGCAGCCUCAGCGUAAGCGUGUGUUCCCGCUGCGAGGCCAGCAUACACCUGCAGCAGAGUUUUAGUGAGGCCGGUGGAGGCUUUCCUCUGUGUCUCUCUCAGACAAACACCCGCACCCCCCCUCACCCCUCGUCUGUGGCUCAGAGUGGCUCCGGAGCGAGCUGCUGCGCCAGUCUGAGGCCGCUGCACGCCUGCGCUCUGUGUAAGCCGGCCCCGCCGGGCGUCUGUCACUGCCGCAGAGUGCAGCAGCACCCUUUCCCUCACGGUGACCCGUCCUCACCCUCUCACCUCUGCUCUAACCCUCUGCACCUGAGUGUCGGGCGCACGCCGCCGUGCCUGAAGGGCGUUCACUGUUUGCAGGAGUGCUGGAGAAAGAGUUUACAUGUUGACUCGGAGAAGGUUUGGCCGAACAUUCCCCCUCCUGUCCCUGUGUGCAACGGCUGCGGCGUGACGGGCGCAUCGUCCGACGGUCUGCUGGGCGUCCAUCUCAGCAAAACCACACAGAAAUACGGUCCUCCGGAGACUGGCACGCAGGAGACGCUGCCGCCCAUCGGGGUGUUCUGGGACAUCGAGAACUGUGCGGUUCCCAGCGGCCGCUCGGCGGCGACCGUGGUGCAGAGGCUCCGAGAGCGCUUCUUCCAGGGACACCGCGAAGCCGAGUUCAUCUGCGUGUGUGACAUCAACAAAGAGAACAAAGCCGUUAUUCAGGAGCUCAACAACUGCCAGGUGACCGUCGCCCACAUUAACGCCACCGCCAAAAAUGCAGCAGAUGACAAACUGCGUCAGAGCCUCCGGCGAUUCGCAGAAACACACGCCGCUCCUGCCACAGUCAUCGUUGUUUCAUCGGACGUGAACUUCGCCAGUGAGCUGAGUGACCUGCGGCAUCGCCACAGGUUCCAGGUGAUUCUGGUCCACAAGAGCCAGGCCUCGUCUGCCCUGCUGCAGCAUGCGCACCUGCGCGCCGCUUUCGAGGAGUUCGUCUCGGACCUGCCUCCCGGGAUGGUCGUCAAAUCUCAGCCCAGUUUCAGCCUUCUGUUUGUGCACCACCUCCCCACGCACCGCGACGCCAAAGCGGUGGCCAACCGGCUGCAGCGGCUCUCCACUAACUGUGGAGGGAAGGUGUUGGGCGUGUCGGGCGGCUGCGGCGUGCUGCGGUUCUCCAGCGCCGAGGCAGCAGAGCGCGCCCGCAAGCGCAUGGAGAACGAAGACGUGCUGGGCCACCGCAUCAUGCUGUCCUUCUCUCCCGACGGCCCAGAGGAGGAAGAGGAGCGCCGGCUUCCUGCCGCCUCCUCCUCUUCGGUCUUCCUGCCCGUGGAGAAGCCGCGCUCGCCCCGUCGCCUGCGGCGGGCGUCUCACUCGUGCCAGGGCAGAAGCCACGCCCCCGAGCGCCCAUAUAGCCCCAGGAGAGCAGGCCACGCCUCCUCGUGCAGCCCUGUGAUGAAACCCCUCCCCCAGGCUGUGAGUGCUGUGACCCGACCUGUGACUGCCUCUCCCCAGAGUCUCACCGUCCCGUCUGCAGCCGUUAAACUGGCAGAGCCGCCGCAGCGCAGCCGCAGGCAUGACUCUCCUGGCCAGCCGUUUCAGGUCAGCACUCCUUCAGCGUUCAGUAAACUAAGUUUGCAGCGGAACUUCAGUCCCAUGAUGCUCUCUCAGAGCUCAUGGUCAUCACGGAGUGCGUCCCCCUGCCUGUCGAACCGCUCAUCUCCUCUGAGCGCUCCGUCCCCCAGCAUCUGCGCAGACGAGCCCUUCUCUGACGGAGUGGACGUUCAGGUCACUAAUCUGGACUACAGGAUGUCACGCAAGGACCUGCAGCAAAUACUGCGAGACGUGUUUGCUAAACAUGGCAGAGUGAAGAGUGUGGAUCUGAGUCCUCACACUGACUAUCAGCUGAAGGCGCGGGUGCACAUGAGUUCGCUCCAGCAGGCCAUUGGUGCCGUCAGUCUGCUGCAUCGCUAUAAAAUCGGCAGCAAGAGGAUUCACGUGUCUCUCGUCACCGGAGCCAGUAACAAAUCUCUCACCUGCCUCAGCUCUGAGAUCAUCAGCAUCCUGCAGGACGCUCCGGCCAACUGCCUGCCUCUCUACAAGUUCACAGAGACGUAUGAGAGGAAGUUCGGUCGUAAUCUGGUGGUCAGUGAUCUGUACCGGCUGCCGGAGGUGGUGUGUGUGCGCGAGCAGGGCGGCGGGCGGCUUGUGUGUCUGCUGUCCAGCACUCAGGCCCGGCAGAGCCCGCUAGGAUCGGCACACUCUCACGACAGCUCCAACACCGCCAGUCCGGUUCUGUUCGAGGAGCUGGAGUACCACGAGCCCGUCUGCAGACGACACUGCACUCAGCAGGACUUCAGUGAAUCUGAUUUUGAUCCGGAUUCUUACAUGAUCCCGUUUGUUCUGGUGUCUCUGAAAGUUCUGGCUGCUCAUGUCCACAGUUUACUGCAGAGUCACGAGGGAACGGUACCGCUGCUCAGUUUCCCAGAAUGCUAUGCAGCAGAGUUCAGUCCUUUAGCUGUUGCAGAGGAGGGGAAGCUGGAGGGAAGCGUCCCGUUAGAGCACCUCAUCACCUGCAUCCCUGGAGUGACUAUCGUAACGGCCCAGAACGGCUUCAAGAUCAUCAAGCCGGGCGGUGUGUAUCCGUGGCUGCAGCGCAGUAAGAGUCCGGUUGGGAACCCACAGCUGAUCCAGUUCAGCCGAGAGAUGGUGGAUCUGAUGAAGAACCAGCCGUCCUGUUUGGUGCCCAUCACAAAGUUCAUUCCAGCGUAUCACCACCAUUUUGCCAAGCAGUGCCGUGUGUCCGACUACGGAUUCUCCAAACUGCUGGAGCUGCUGGAGGCCGUUCCUCACGUGCUGCAGAUCCUGGGUUUAGGCUCCAAGCGUUUGUUGACUCUGACCCAUCGCGCUCAGAUCAAACGCUUCACUCAAGACCUGCUGAAGUUGCUGAAGUUUCAGGCCAGUAAACAGGUGGUGAUCGGGGACUUCACGCAGGCGUAUCACUGGUGUUUCUCCAGGAACUGGCAGGUGGUGGAUUAUGGGAUGUGUGAUCUGAUGGACCUGUUGGCUGAGAUUCCGGACACGACGAUCACAGUCUCUCAGCAGGACGGUGACACGCUCAUCUCUGUUCCCAAGAGAGAGCGGACGGCGGAGGAGCUGGAGCGCACGCGGCAGUUUGGCAAAGAGGUGGUCGAUCUUCUGAGACAUCAGCCUCACUUCCGGAUGCCCUUCAGCAAAUUCAUCCCCACGUAUCACCACCACUUCGGACGCCAGUGCAAGCUCUCCUACUAUGGCUUCACCAAACUCAUGGAGCUGUUUGAGGCCAUUCCAGACGUUCUUCUGGUGCUGGAGUGUGGAGAGGAGCGGCUGCUGGCGCUGACGGAGGUGGAGCGUGUGAAAGCGUUAGCGGCUCAGCUGGUGAAGCUGCUUCGAGCCCAGAGAGACUCCGGCCUCGCUGUCAGUCAGCUGCUGAGUGAAUACAGCAAGACGUUUGGCUACAGCCUCCGCCUGCAGGACUACGACGCCGCCACGCUGCCCGCCCUGCUCAACAAGCUCUGCCACGUGGUGAAGGUGGUGGACGCUCCCGAAGGGAAAGAGGUGCAGCUGAUUAACAGGAAGUCCCUGCGUGCCUUGACGUCUCAGCUGCUGGCGCUGAUGAUGUCACUUCCUGAGGAUCGUGAUCAUCUCGCAGUGGAGGAGCUGAGAAAGCGGUACGAACUCAGCUAUGGCACGCCGCUCAACCCCUGCGAGUAUGGCUUCAUCUCUCUGAGCGAGCUGCUGAAGAGCUUGCCUUACCUGCUGCAGCUCUCCGGAGACGAGCGGGACGAUGGCGGAGCAGAGGAGUGUGUGAGGCUGACCAGACUUUACCAGUUCGCCCGCAGCAUCCGAGCACUGCUGCACACCUAUCAUUAUAACCAGAUCUUCCUGUCAGAGUUCUGCGGAGCCUUCAGCAAAUACAGCGGGCGAGAGUUUCAGCCGCAGACGUACGGCUAUAAGACACUGGAGGAGCUGCUGGCCGCCGUGCCGCAGGUGGUCUGGAUUAAAGGUCACGGUCACAAAAAGAUCAUCGUCCUGAAGAACGACAUGAGAGCUCGUGGCAGUCCUGCGGUCACAGACAGUCCUGUGGUCACUGCAGACGAGCCGUGUCCUGAUGAAGAGCCCCGGUCCGCCGACAGCCCCGCCAGCGGUGAGAUGGAGCUGCUGUGUCUGGGUUCUGGUUCUCCGGUGGAUCUGCUGUGUGCUCCGGUCCCCUCCUGCCUCCCAUCUCCUCAGCUGCGGCCCGACCCGGUGCUGCUGCAGCCCAGAGAUCUGAUCUGCUUCGAGCCGCAUCCACACGGUCCGUCUGAACAAGAGCCGGUUCACGAUCGGCAGCCUCAGUCGGCCAACGGUCCCCUCGUGGCUUCGGCUUCUGAAAACGGCCCAGAUCACGGAGCGAGCGAUGCGGCGGAGCCCUCGGGCAAGAAAACGUGCGUCACAGACAGUCCCGGCCGGCGAACGGCACGCAACAAGGUUAAACUAGCGGCUAAUUUCUCCUUCACAUCCGCCCUGUCAGUCUGAUGCUGAGCAGGUCACGUGAGCUCUGAUAGCAUGAGGAAGAUUUGUGACGCGUGUUAUUCUGUGAGGCUAGCAGACGUUCUGUGUGGUGAAUUUCAUAACUCUGUUCUAAGUUUGAUUUGUCUGGACUGCAGCAGACCUCGUGUUCUUCAUUCGUGUUUCUCUCAGUACGAGGAGCUAAGCAACCCACUGCUCCUCCACGCGGGAUGUUUUCUUUACUGCAGUUGCUCGUUAUCAGUCGUUAGCUUGAGGCCUGAAUCGUGCAGACCGCAGCUAAUUGGUGGACGUCACUCUGAGCUGCUGUGAGCUGAACUGUGAAUCUUUCCUCCGCGUGCGUCUGCUGAGACGUGCUGUUGCGCCUUUGUUUUGAGACGUUAUUUGUGUUGUUUGAAGCACAUGGGCUCCGUCUGAUGAAAUGGAAGAAUGAGUUUGCUGGAAGGUGGAAUUCACUUUAUUCUUUUUCAAUCUGAGAUCUCAAACACUCACAGAUGCUUUUGUGUUAAGUCUGUUUCAGAGCCAGAGCUUGUUAUCCAAGGGCCUUCCUCCCUUUUAACUGAUUGAUUAGUCAAAGCCGCCCGUCUCGAAUUGCUUAAGUUCAUAUUGUGAAUGAAGUCUGUGUUUAUUGAAACUCUUACAGAAGUGUUUAGUUUAAGAUCGUCUCAGCUGCUUAUCAGAGGAUAUUCACACUCGUCUUACAGUUUCACUGGCGUCCAGAUGAAUUAUGGGAGUCUGUGUGAUGAAGUUCAGCGGCCCGAAGAGAAACACCCUCGUGUUCUGCAGGCCGAGGCAGUGUGUCAUUUUACGGAUGGUUUUUUUGGUCCGGAAGUUGCUUUGAUAGUUCUAUGCACAUGGUGCAUAAACCCUUGUUUGAAAGCGGUCAUUUACGAGUCGCUGCAGGCUUUUACUGCGUUUCUUCUUUUAUGCAUUUUGGCAAAAUCGUGCUAAUUAGAUGUUAAUCAGUGUAACUGUUCCUCUGGAAAUGCCAAGGUUGUUUACUUGAACCUUGAGUUAGUGUGUUCGGUUGCGGUUUGCUCUCCGCGGCGGCUCUCUGAUGGCUUUUACAAUGGCUUGUAUCAGCCUUGGCGCGGGACUCCGCUUCUGCUAACGGCUUAGGGUCACAGUGGGUUGAUUUGUGUAAAUGUGUUUUGUUUGGCGUAUGUUUCGGCUCGCAGCAACACGAGGCGCUCAGACGUCGGCUGUCUGUGAGAAUCCUAUGUCUGAACACUCAUGUGUGCCGUACCGCGGCUGUUGAACGCAUUCGUGUUUCUUUUAAGGGUGGCUCUCUUUGGCCAAUGUUUUUGGAAGCCUUCAAAAUGCUACCAGCGGAAACUCUGAGCUGAAGUACGUGUGUCUCGGUGAUUUUAUGCAUGUUUGCAUAACGUUUGCCUCAUGCUGUUUACGGAUAUAUUUGAUUUAUGCAGAAAUGUGACGUGAUGUACGUGUGUGUGUCUCAUCUUUAGUGUUCUCUCUCACUUCUGUCAGACGACCACAAUGAACCCAGAAGCCUCUCAGAUUGUGACGUUCGCUGAAAUUAAUGAGCUUCAUGUGAAGUAAUGUGGACAUUCAGCCUCAAGACACUGGAGGUCUUGUAUGAUUUUAGUCUCCACCAGAAAGUCCUGUUAGGAGUUUUUUUUUAUUUCUAUGUAAUGACCAAAUUUCUGUCAUGUAUAAUAAAUAUCACAAGCAUCAUUUUGUGUCCUGCUUUCAGUUGUGUUCCUCUUGUCGAGUAUCGCUGCUUUUCUGAUGGUUUUCAGCUGUUGUGGA